GAAUUGAAGAAGCUAAAUACUGAAUACUUACAGAAGGCAGCGAUUGUUCCAAUAUUAGCCAAUCAUCCACAACCGUUCACUCUGCUCUGUCCUCUGCCGUUUUAUCUUUUAUUCCAUUUUCUUGGGCAUAGCUUACCCAGCUCACUCAUGUCUCCUUAAACACCACAUCACCCAUUCUCCAUCUUAUAAAACUACACUUUUACUAUGCAUCUGAAUAUCCGUAAUUCAUUUUCAGGUGAAUAAUGGAUAGAAGAGCUUUUGAUGAUAAAAGAAGAAUUGGGACUGUGAAAGCUGCCAUUAGUAUGUAUGGAGAAAGAAUUCUUGAAGGCGGUUCUUCAUUUAAGCAAUCCCACAAAGAUUUAUCUGAGAAGUCUAGUUCAAGAGCUAAAGAAUUGCACAUGGAAAAGAACGACAUGGCUAGAUAUAAAGAGAGUAGAAAUAUUGCACAAUCAGUGAAAACUGAAGCGGAAUCUGAGCUUUCCGAGGCUAAAAGUACUGUAAAAAACCUUGCUUCACAAAUCGAAGAAUCAAAUUCGAGGGUGAAAGCAAGGAUAAGAGAUGUGGAAACAGUAAAAAAGAAAUCGAGUAAGCAUGAAGAUGAAGCUUUGGAUGUUGAGAGUACAGAGAGUCAUCACAAGUAUGCAGAAAUGAUGAGAGAAUUAGAAUUUGUCAAACAAGAAUUGAGUAAACUUAAGCUUGAUAUGGCUUCUGUUCUGCAAGAGAAAUCGUUAGCUGAGAAGGAAAUUGAACGUUCGAACUCUAAAUCUACGCGGAUUCUAAACUCUGUGGAUGAACUCGGGAAGGAGAUUGAGGAGAUAAAUGAAGAGCAUGUGCUUGUUGAGUUAGCAAGAAUUGAGGCAUUGAAAGAAUUUGAACAAAUUCAAGCUCAAAGAGAGAAGGAAGCAAUUGAAUUCUCAUUUAAAAUGGAACAGACUAGACAGAAUAUGGAGUUUGCAAAUGAAGAAAUUGAUGAAUCCAAAGAGACUGAUUCUAAGUUAGCCAUGACACUAUCUGAUGUGGAUAUUUUACAAAAUGAGCUAAAAGCUGUUAAAGAAAUUGAAAAGAAAGUUCUGAGAAAUGAUAGCCUGAAGCAUUCAGGAUCAGGAGGCAGCAGUUUCAGAAAGGGCGAUAAAUCAGAAGAUUUGCCUUCAUUGAGUUCAAUCACAGAAGAGUUAGAAGCAGCAAAGAAAGAAUUGUUUUCGAUCCGAGAAGAGGGUUUUCAGUUCAUGGCUUCAAUGGAUAUCAUAAGGAAUGAACUCAGGCAUGUAACAGAAGAAACGACACAGAUGAAGAAAAAAGAAGAAAAAUCAGAUUUAACUGUUCAGAAUCUGAAAUCGAAGCUUCUUAGAGCGAAUUCUAAACUUGGAACUGCAACUUCAGCUGAAGAGAAAACCAAAUCAAUUGUUUCCAAUUUAUCUCUCACUCUUGAUCAACUAAAGACAGAAGCAGAAGCCGCAAAGAAAGAGAAGGACCUAAUCACUGCAGAAACUGCCAAUAUCAAAGCCGAAAUACAGAAAACCGAGUCUGGAAUAGAUACAACUGAAGAAAAACUGCAAGCUGCAAUGCUAGAACUCGAAGCAGUGAAGGAAUCAGAAGCUUCAGCUCUUCACAAUCUGCAAAAUCUUAUUGAAAAAGCUAUGACAACUCGAGCUUCAGCUUCACAACAAACGUCGUCAAUUACCAUUUCAAAAUUCGAGUAUGAGUACUUAAAAGGACGAGCAGUGAAGGCUGAAGAGAUCGCGGACAAAAAGGUUGCUGCAGCUCAAGCAUGGGUCGAAGCAUUGAAAGCCAGUGAGAAGGAGAUACUGAUGAAAAUCGAAAUAGCUCACCGCGAAAUCAAAGAGACGAGAGUGGAAGAAGAGCAACAGGCAUAUAGAAUUGAGAGGUCAGUUUCUACAAAGAGACAAAUGCAACAUAAGUACACACAAGCUGAGAAUUGGCAAAGGAAAACACCAAGAAGAUCAUUGAAAAUUAGUAAUGGAAAUUCAACUCCAAGAAAAUCCAUGAAAGGGAAUGGUAAUUGGACUCCAACUAGACGAGGAAAGGUUCGAAAUUCUGGAUCUCCAGCAAUCAGAACAACUCCAGGGUCAACUUCUUUUGUUAUCAGGAAAAAGAAAAAUGUGAUGCCAGAUUUAGCUAAGCUUUUUAGUGGCAAGAAAAUUGGCAAGAAUCAAUAGUAUGCUUUAUACAUCCUUGUGUCUCUCUGUUCUCAAUCAUAAUCUCUUUCAUUAGCA